GAAAGGAGAAUCGAAGAAAACAUUUUUGCAGUGAGAAGCAAAGCCAAAAAAAGAAGCAAAAUAAAAUGGAGGAUAUGAAGAAGAGAAAGAUGGAGGAGAUGGGAAACAACGGAGAGUUAUCGACUCAAGAAGAGCUACGUUGUUUGCUUGACCCUCUCGCUAAAUCUCAGCUCGUCGAUCUUCUCUCUAGACUAGGGUCCCAAUAUCCUUCAAUUGCUGAAGAAAUUAAAAGUAUUGCCAGUUCAGAUCCUGUACACCGAAAGCUUUUUGUUCGUGGCUUAGCCUGGAAUACCACUUCAGAAACCUUGUGUGCUGCCUUUCGAAUGCAUGGAGAAAUAGAGGAAGGGGCUGUAAUCUAUGACAAAACCUCAGGAAAAUCUCGUGGCUAUGGUUUCAUUACUUACAAACACAUGGAGUCAGCACAGAGUGCGCUUAGUGCGCCCAGCAAGCUUAUUGAUGGCCGGAUGGCUGUAUGUAAUCUAGCCUGUGAGGGGUUGAGUGGGGCAAGUACCACACCUGAUCUAGCUCAAAGGAAGCUCUACGUUGGGGGCCUAUCACCAGAUGUCACGAGUGAGAUACUUCUAAAUUUUUUUGGAAGGCAUGGUGAGAUUGAGGAAGGGUCAGUCGCAUAUGACAAAGAUACAAAUGAAUCACGUGGGUUUGGUUUUGUCACAUACAAGACAGUGGAAGCUGCAAAGAAGGCCAUAGAUGAUCCACAAAAGAUCCUUGGGGUAAGUGGACAAUGCCACUACAUGUGCAGUAUAGCAUGCUUAAUGUCUGACCUUUGGAGAAGAAAGGGGAGAACUAUCAUUGUGAAGCUUGCUGAUACCCACAAGGGCAAACCUGUACAAACACAGUUACCUGCAGCAGCUGUUGUUCCUGUUGCCCUGCCUAUGGCACCUGGCUACCCACAGCCUGGGAAAGCACAUCCCACCGCUGCCCCUGCUGGCUACGCGUAUCCUCAAACCAUAGCAUCGUAUCCAGCUUCUUCAUACCCUAGUCCUCCAGCGGCACCUGCACCAUACCCAACCCAACCGCUGAUUCCAUACACACCCCUUGUUGCAAAGAAGGACCCGCAAGGAAUGCCACCAACUACGCCCAUGGGAAUGGGUGGGUACCCAUAUUAUAUUGGCAAACAAUAACAGAGUCUCAGGCAAUUCAUGUUAAAUGCCAUGGUACAACUAUAUCUUAAACCAACUAGGCCAGACCAGGAGUUGCUCGUCUGAACAAGAUGAGAUGGCAAGUUCUGAUAUAGGAGAGCUUAAUGGUAGUCUUCCGUUUUUCCUCUUCCUGUAUUUCCUAGCUUUCUUGUAGUUUUAGUUAAUUGUAAUACAAUUUGUCUAAUUAAUAUUAUUUAUUUUCUAUAUUCGAAUUGAAAGUGAUACGUAAUAAAGUUCUUAAUUUAUUUGUCCAA